UAACAUAAUCAAAUAGGAUAUUUAUUUAGAAUAGUGCUUGAGACAGAUCACUUCGGAUUUAUGCCGUCAAGAAGCAGAUAGAUAUUGAAUUUCUGUAGAUUCAAGUAGGUCAUCAGACGAUAUCAAGAUGGGAGCAGUCGAAUGGGUGACCGAGGAAGAUGACUAUGAGUGCAUCCUCCCAGAGGAGAUUCAAAAAAUGGCCAAGGAUGAGCUCAGAGAGGACAAAAACACCAGAGAUCAAGCUCUCGAGCAGAUGCGCAAUUGGAUCAAGAUGAAUCCGCGCAUUCAAAAUUGCCGUCUCGAUGCACGAUUUUUGCUAAAAUUCUUACGAUCCAAAAAAUUCAACGUCCCGAUGGCCCAAGAAGCCACAGAAAGAUAUCUGCUGCUGCGUCAGGUAUAUCACCUGGCAUUUCAUAACUUGGACAUCACAGAACCGAAUAUGGAAGAUUUAUUGUCAUUGGGAUAUAUCUUCGCUGCACCUGGUCGCGAUGCGAAAGGUCGUCGCGUAAUAAUCGCGAGACCAGGUGUUUUCGAUCCUCACAAAUACACAAACGUGGACAUGUGCAAGAUUCAUGCAAUCACUUAUGAGACGCUCAUGGAAGAUGAGGAGAGUCAAGUACGUGGCUUUGUACAUUUUGCUGAUGGUGCUGGUGUCAGUUUUCCUCAUCUGACGCUCUUUACACCUAAAGAAGCUGUGCGCAUCGUGAAAAAUGGCGAGCGCACUGUACCGAUGAGACAUAAGGAAGUUCACGGGAUCAAUACACAUCCUUCGCUAAAAUUCGCUUUGGACUUCGGACUGUCACUGAUUUCUGAAAAAAUCAGGAAUCGUGUAAAGAUUUACACAAGCCUCGAGGAUGCUAUUAAUAGCAAGUUGGAUGUGAGCAUGCUGCCCAAAGAAUACGGCGGAAAGAUUCCCAUGAAGGAAAUGAUUGAUCUAUGGCGGAAAGAGGUAUUAGAAGUGAGACCCACGUUGCUGAGCAACGAUAAGAUGAGCGUCCAUCUAGAGUUGUACUCGGAGAAGGCGCGAGAAGGCGCCGUCUCGGCUCUGAAACAAGGAUUCGGCUGUUCCAGCGUGGGUUCCACCGAUUCUGCAAUGUACGGAAUAACAGGAUCCUUCAGAAAACUCGAAGUUGAUUGAUAUAUAAACGUCAGCUACUCUUUGCAUUUUUUACCUAGAUAAUAAAUGGCGCGGGAUCGCGAUACAGACUGGUUUGGAAAUUACAAUCACAUAGAUUAGUACUCUGGUAUUAAUAUAAUUUUAUUUUUGUACUAUGUAGAAAUAUGUAGAGAUAUCUCACUAAUGUGUGCGCAUAUUAUUCAGAACAGCACCAUAAGCUAUAUAUUCAGAUAUUGUACAUAAUUUUUAACACAUCACAGUGAAUGCGUAAAAAAUAAAUAUAAUUCCAUUAUUCGCUCUCUAUCUGAGAAAUCGCAAUCUACAAGUUUCUGCUUAAAAUUCGACGGAAUCGUUUAUGGAGAAAUCCAUUUGCCAAUUAUGUCACGAAUUCUCACUCUAGCCUUCUUUAAAUCCUCUGUAUCUGUGACUUCGUCGCUAUAAAUAUCGCGACAGUGCGAGGAUCCUAAAAAAUGAUAUUAUAUUCUUUUUCUUUUUCUUGCGUUAGAAAAAAUAGACUUCUAAUAAUAUAGUUUUCAAUCAACUGUAUUACUUACCAUUGAUAACAAUAGCAGGCGAAAAAGUAUUUAGAUCUUUCAAUACCGAUAACGAAUGCCACGGAUCAAUAUCACCAUUCGUGAAAAUGACGUUUGUUAAGUCAGGUAGUUGCCCACCAUACAUUAUAUUUGUUCGUCUAACCCGUGAGUUCAAUAUCUUAUCAUUAUAGCUAAAAUUAACGUUAAGAUUAUUAUUUUUCCAUAAAAGAAAUCGGAAGAAUAAUUAAUAAAUAGAUCAUUCAAUACCGACAAGAAUUGUUUAACAUUUAACAUUGAACCUGUUGAGAAACUUAUGGUUGGCAGCGCAAAUAUAUUUAUGAAUUACAAGUAUUGAAAUUUAUAAGCGAUUAAAAGCGAAAAAAUAUUACAUAAUUUUUAACGCACUUACGGAUCAUCAUACAAAUCUGUGCACAUGCUAAUGUAAUAACUUAAUGGGAACAGCGUUCCAAAGAUUGAUUUAUUUGAGCUCGUCUGAUAGUAACCGUAUUCCGCGCAAGUUUGAUGAUACCAUUGCCUUACUGCACAAAUAAAAAUAAUUUCUUCUUAACACAUA